AUGACCUCUCAGCCAUCAGUCGACUCAUCCCGCCUGUCUAGCGACAAGACAGGAGGGCCGUCUGAGCACACCAACGGCACCGCUGGUAUGCAGAACGCCAUUGCCAUGAAUACCUUCGCUCCCGGCCAAUCUUCGUCUCAGGGUCCAUCGACAGAUGCUGCAGGAACGACCUCCCAGGCCGACUCGAAGCAGAAGCGCUCCCUUCUCAAUGUUCCCCGGUCCGGCUCGACUCCCAACGACAGCCAGACGCCCAACACUGGCCUUAGUGGAGCAACUGCGGCAGACGCUGAAAGCAUCGGGCGGGGUUCCAAACACUCCAAACGGAGUCUCAUGGGCAAACGACGGGCGGGAAGCACUGCAAGCAGCAAACGCUCUCAAUCGCGCGCUGCAGCAACAGAAAAGGCCGACCAACCCCCUCCGGUACCGGCAGUGAACCGCCCGGCGUCGACCAGGAGCAAGACCAGGAAGUCUGGCGGUUUGCUGUCUUGCCUGCCCUGCUUCGCGCCCAAGGAGUCCCGGACGGCAGGCGACUCUACUCCCCCUGAGAACGUCAAGCAAGCUCAAACCGUGCCAGCCAGGCAGACAUCGCAGUCUACGCCUGUCAAGAAGCAGGAGCCAAUCGUUGCCGAGUCCAACCAGACCGAGUCAAGAGAACCCCUUGAUGAAAAGAUAGGGACUGAAACUUUGGGAUCGGGCCUUGCCGAGCGACCCAGCCAUGGUGACGGCACUGCCGAACGAAAAUCCGUCGAGGAUCGACCACAAGUUGUGACAAGAAGCUCCUCUCAGAAACAGCAAACAGCGCCCGUUCCCCCUCCUCAGCCUGCUACAUUGCAAACCGGUCAUCCCCAGAUAAGCGUUACAAACCCCACGCCCGCCGCUACCCCCGUACUACCUCGGCCAUCUGUGGAACAGCAGCGCAUAAUAGAAGACCAGACUGAGGAGCAGAAGCAGCUUGACAACGACAUUGAGAUGAAGGAUGUACCACUUUCAACCAAUGAUGUCCCUCAAGAGGGAGAGGAAGCCACCGGAGAGGCCGAAUCCGAGCACGCAAAGGUCGAUUUACCUCCGCCACCGCCACUUGCCGAAAGGCAGGUUGCGGUACAGCAUCAGACCGCCGAGGUAGCCGAGGCAGAGCCACAAAAGUACCUUUUGGGACCAAUCGCCCCCCGUUUCCAAGGGAAGAAGUGCCUGGUUCUCGACCUGGAUGAAACCCUAGUCCACAGCAGCUUUAAGAUUCUGCACCAAGCCGACUUCACCAUUCCGGUCGAGAUUGAAGGCCAAUAUCACAAUGUUUAUGUCAUCAAGCGACCAGGUGUCGAUCAGUUUAUGAAGAGGGUCGGCGAGCUGUACGAGGUCGUUGUCUUUACCGCAUCCGUCUCCAAGUACGGCGAUCCGCUUCUCGAUCAGCUUGACAUACAUGGUGUCGUUCACCACCGACUUUUCCGUGAAAGCUGCUACAACCACCAGGGCAAUUACGUAAAGGAUCUCUCGCAGAUCGGCCGUGACCUCAAGGAUACCAUCAUCAUUGACAAUUCGCCCACGUCGUAUAUCUUCCACCCGCAACAUGCCGUUCCCAUCAGCAGCUGGUUCUCUGACGCGCACGACAAUGAGCUGCUCGAUCUUAUACCCGUGCUCGAGGAUCUCGCUGGCCAGCAGGUCAGUGACGUCAGUCUGGUGCUUGACGUAGCCUUGUAGGCACCGUUCGCGAUGAUGUGACGAGAGAGGAUACCCUGGCGCAUACCCUGUUCACUGCGUCGACAUAAUCACUUUUCUUCGGGCGGGAGUAUCGGAACCAACGCUCCGACAACUUCUAAUCUGUACUUUGUAAUCAGUUUGUAAUCUGCAUAAGAGGCGGCUUGGUGGGUGGCAGCGCAAGAUCCGCAGGAGCCCAUGUUGCAGCGUCAUGGCGCAUUUUUGAUUCCCGCACUGCAGACCCUCGCAUGGGUCUCCAGCGACGCAGUCCCAACGCCCACCGCCUACGGCCAUCGGACCUUGGAGCGCACCACCUCCACUUUACGCACAGAAACAGGAGGACCACGGCGCAUAACGGCGUCUAUUUGGCUCUAGGAGCCACAAAAAUAAGCAGUAAUAUUGGCACAUACCCCUUUCUACAUAUGCGACGCCUGGCCGUUUGAGGUCGCGUGGCAGUUUACUAUCAAUACCAUUUCCUUUGUACAUUGUGCUCUUCUGUUUCUUCUGCAUGGCCGGAGGCAGUCGGCCCAUCUGUUCCUCUCCACGACUGGAGCGUGCGUUUGGUGAUCUCAUGGCUCCGGUCCAGCAUCUUUUUUUGUGUUUUGUACGGGUGAGGGGAAGAGCGCUUGCAGACGCAAUCACAUGUUAGUCAAGUAGAAGCUAGAUAGCCAAUACCACUCCAUCU